AACGAUACGUGUAUCACCACAGUCAACGCCCCUCGAUCUUCUGCAUAACGCACUUAUCUGCCCGUCAGCCCACUAAGGACAACCCCACACGCUCUCAGGCUCACAGCACGCCCCUCCGUCGUUGAACAUGGCGUCCUUUUUCUCCAGCGUACGCCAAGGGCUAGCUGGUCGAUCCAACAAGAGCAAUCAGCAACAACAACCAGGCAAAAGCGGCACACCUCCACCCACUGGACAGUACUCUCAGUCGCCUACAUCACAGCAGGCUCCCCAACCUCCUAUGCCCCAUUCCCCUGCAAUGUCGGCCUCCAUGUCGUUUGAAGCUGGUGCGGAAAGUCCCGCCCAAUCUGGCAACCGCAGACCGCCUUUCUUCUUCCGUGAGGAGUACUCCAACUUGAUUGUCAAGGGUAACUUCAUGACCUUGGCCGCGAAGCCAAAGCUUGUCGAGGAGGGUGAAUGGCUUGCACAUCAAGUUGUUGAACAGUACAGACUACUCGAACAGAUGAUUGAAGUCAUCAAGGUUAUCGAUGACCGAACAGGCAAGCCAGUCUGUAAUCCAGAUGUUUGCCCAACCAUGUCGGCCAGCGGACACACAUACACAUGGCUCGAUAACAACAAGAAGCCCAUCAAAAUUCCUGCCAUCCAAUACAUCAACCUAGUUCAAAAAUGGAUCGUCGGCAAGAUCAACGACCCUUCCAUCUUCCCCACAGAUACUACUCCCAUGAUCCUCAACCCCUCCUCUGGCAACCCAGCUUCUCCAUCCUCCGGGCAAAACUGGCUCGGUAAAUCCUCCGGGUUCCCUGAGACCUUCGAGGGCGACAUCAAGAGCAUCUACCGCCAAAUGAUGCGAUGCUACGCACACAUCUACCACGGCCACUGGCUGGAGCCGUUCUGGAACGUCAACGCGUACAAGGAGCUUAACACGUGCUUCAUCCACUUCAUCAACGUCGGGCGCCUGUACGGCCUGAUCGGCGAUAAGGAGAUCGAGCCCAUGCAGCCGCUGAUCGAUCUGUGGACAGAGAAGGGCCUCUUGCCUGCGCCUACGCAGCCGGGCGCUCAGAUCGCGGCUCCUGCUCCUGCUGCUUGAACAGCGAUGAAGCGGGCUAGUGGAGAAGCGUUGGCCAUUUGACAUGGCGGACCUGGGGUCUGUGACCGUGGGCAUGGUGGGCUGCGAGUGUACGGCGGUGCCGAGGGUUUGGUUGGCGUUCGGGGAUCAUAUAGGCAUGCACAGCAUAGAACAAUGAAGGAAUAUGGAUUCACAAGCGUGGCUGCAUG